AUGUGGAGCAGCAACGGUUUGAUACGAGGAAAGAAGUCUUGGGCCACGUUUGAAAUCUUGGGCGCGCCACCAGAGGCCGACGUUGGAUUCAACAUGUCGCACUCGCUAUCCAACUUGACAACAGUGUCGUCCGGUCUCUAG